UGACACGAACUCACAAAAGGAUGCACAUGGACUCACUCCACAGGCGCCCGGGGCUUCACAAAUACGACUCUGUCUGGAUGGAUUUCACUCUUCGGCAGCGUUGUAACGAAUUUAAUUUAACUUUGGCUUCGUAUCACUCAGCAGUGCCUAAAAGAAGAGAAUGGCAAGAUGAUCAGAAGACAUGCAUGGAAAAAAACUGCAAGGAAGAGGCAGAAAAUACUGCUCCUUUGGAGGUGAGCCAGGUUGCAGUGACAUGGUAGUAUUUUCUGAAUGGCACCGGACAGCCGUGGACCCAAAGAGCAGCAGCUGUUUGCCAAUGACUGGUGAAGACACUGGUUUGGGGGCUUUGGCCUCACCACUGGCGGGGUAUUUGGGAAAAGUGCAGGGAAGAGCUGCUUCAUUGGAGUGCUGUCCUUGGUGUACUUCAAAGGGCUUGACCUAUGCUCUGCGCUCUUACCGCAUCAACCUCCAGGAGUCCAUCACCCUCUGCACAAACCCACAGUGCCUCUUCCCCCUGGUCACCCGAUCUUUGGAGGAUGUUUUGGCUAGCUUGGAUCCUGUGGAGCCCACUGCUGGGAACAAAAGAAAAAACGCUUCAACGUUGGAAAAUGAAGAGUUGAUUAAACCGUCAGUCAAACGUCUGCGAUCAAGCAAGCUUGACGAUCUUGGGCCACAAAGCAUUACUGACUCACCUAUUAGCCCGGCAGAGCGUGGCACUGUAAACACUGUUACAAAUGGGCACCAUGCAGCACCUGAGACAGAUGGUCAAAAGGUGAAUGGAUACCACAGUCUCUGCCCAGUUGCAGAGACAACAGGAUGUGAAUCACUACAAGAUAAGAAUAUUGCUCUGAAGAAGGAUCCAGCCGAUGCUGCUUAUGCAGAUGGUCUUGCUCCUCCUACAUGCUCAACCUCAGUUGGACACCCAUCAAACGUUUUGUUGACUGCUGAUGGGAAUGACCCUGUACUCUCUCCUCACUGUGGUGCUCUGGGUAUAUCAGAGAACGAUUUCAGGCAGGGGAGGAGUUCUCCUGAGGUGCUGAACAGAUGCAACAGUCUGAGCUCCAAUCAAUCCUUUCUUUCAAAUGAAGACAUUUGUUGUACUGAUCUCAGUGUUCCAUCAACUCAGCACAAUGAGGAGACAACGUGGACAGAGCAGAAAUCACCUACUGCAGACACUGCUAAAUGUAAAGACGGGGGAGACGUCAAGUCAGAAAGUGAGGAUUUGUCCUGUACUGCAAUGACAGAGUUGGAGGAGCUUGUAUCGGUUCCAAACCAACUUUUCUGGAGAAACCGUGAUAACCUGUGCUGGCUGGACUCUCUGCUUGCUGCUCUGGUGAGUUGUCAGAGCUUAAAAAAAUGUCAACCUAAAGAGGAGCCUCAGCGGUCAUCUGUGUGGCGGCUGAUGAGAGAAUAUGAAGACAUUUGUGCUGCCGUCCAAGUCCACCAGCAAACUGGCAAAGAUGGCGUUGUGAGGGUGCCAAAUCAUGUGCUGCAAAAGGCCAAUGCAGAUCUGCAGACUCUCAGGAUGUGGGUCUUCAAAGUACUGCAACCCAAACUGCAAUGCAAACUGGGUCGGAGGGAAACUCCAGUGUUUGCCAUGCCGCUUCUGCUCACCAUGGAUUCUUGGGUGGAGCGUCUUUUCCAGUCAACCUUUCAGUGGGAGUUCAAGUGCACUGAAUGCAAAGCUGCUACGAAAGAAAGGGUAACAAAAACUCUCCCCACCUUUCCAAAUAUUGUGCCUGACUGGCGCCCGCUUCAUGCAGUUCACUUUGGCCCGUGCAAUGCUUGCCGCAAGAAGAAUCAGAGGAGGACUAUGAUGCUGGAGAGCAUGCCUCCAGUGUUCGCGCUGCACUUUGUGGAGGGCCUUCCUGACAAUGAUGUCAGUAUCUACGCCUUCAACUUCAAGGGGAAACGCUACUCGGUCACCACUGUCAUACAGUACAACCAUCAACUUAAGCACUUUGUCACCUGGGUUUGUAAAACCGAUGGGUCAUGGCUGGAAUAUGAUGACCUAAAGCACCCAGACUGUAAGAGCCAUCAAAAGCUCCAGGUCCCGGCUCAGGAGAUGCAUGUUGUCUUCUGGGAAGCAGAGGAGAGUGAAGAGUCUUGUGCCUAUUCUCCCUCCACCACAUUUGCUGAAUCUCCCCCAUCUAAAAAUGAAAAGCUCCCCAGUUUAAACAGCAAAGACUUAACAGCAGAUGAACUGUCGGCUUGCGCUCCAGAUAAGUCUUUCCUUUUGCCUCAUAAUGACACAGACAUCGUCUCUGCACUCACAUUGUCUGAAGACAGCAUCAACAUCACGGACACAACAGUUACAGCCGACGAUGAUACGGCGAUCGGUGCCACAACGUUGCUCGACACCUUCGAGGGCCUUACCCGCAAUGACAUCAUUACGCUUACGCUGUUGGAGGUAAAAGAUCAUCCGGAAAUGCAGCCUGUAAAUGACAUUCAACAAACUGAGGAUUUACAUGUUUCGAAUGAAGUGCUCCAACCAACACCAGAUAGCUCCUCCACUGCAGUAUGUAGUGAAACGUGUCCUGUGCCUGAUGUUGAGCGUCCAGCCACCUCCAGCUCAUCUGACCCUGAAUCAGUCGAUGACUCGGCUAGUGAUCCAUCGUUUGUGCCCGGUGCAAGAAGACAAUGUGGGAGCGGAGCUGGCAGAAGAAAAGCUGUUAGGAGAGAAAAAAGUAAAAAGGAACCUUCAUCAAAAGCAGCACAAGUUACUUCACCUCCAGCAUCUCCAGAGCCCCCCAAAAUACAAGAUGACAAACCUGUGAGUCCUGCUGUUCAGGAUGACACACCACCUGGUGAAAUUACACCGCAAGCAUCCCUCGUGUCUUCAACUGAUGCCGCACCUCUGUCCCCCGGUCAGAAAAGCCCUAUGACGCUAGAUAACUCUCGCUGGUCCUUCUUGCUCCGCAAACACCCUCAGAACCUUUUUAACAAGUCCAUCGCUAAGCUUGCCCCCGACCACACGUCCACCUCAGUCACACAAGGAAAGCCCACUCCUCCUAUUCACUCUACCCCCAACCCGUUGAAAAAACAGCAGAUUGCUGCGGGACUCUACCCUAAAGUACAGCUCAAGACAGAGGAUAGCGAGGGUCUCCCACUGAAAGCUGCAGAGAUGUACAGGGCAUUCGGUGCAAAGAGCUCAAACACCCAGAGUCCACCCCCAGCUCUGCCCACAUCUGAACUGCUGGAACCAAUCGCUUCCAGCCACCUAAAACGUACGACAGUGAUGCCACUAACUGUGCUCCCUGACAUCUCCGCUUUAAAGAAACAUGGCAGCCAGUCCUCAAAGGUUCCCCUGGGUCUCAGCAGCACUGAAGCCCUCAGAUAUAGGCUGAUGAAGAAACUGAAAGCAAAGAAGAAGAAGCUUGCCAAGCUGAACAAGCUUUUGGGUGGUCAGGAUGGAGUUGGCCUCCCACCGGACAGCACCGACCUGCACUCUCCCAGCACUGUCACCUCCAGCACCUACGACGGGUCCACCUGCGACGACUUCCUGUCAGACCUGCUCUCUCCAGCAACAACAGCCAGCAACCUUUCACCAGACAGCACCGGCUUCCUGGAGAUGCUCGCCAACAGGCAAGAUGGAGCUGACUGUGUGGUCGGCGCUGCUGGUGCCAUGUUGCAGACUAACAGCUGCACCAACGGGGUCAACACCGAAAACUUCCUGGAUGAGUUUCUCUCACAGGCUGUUUCUCAGAGACCGACCGACAUGGAGACCGAGGCACUGAGUGCACUUGAACUUUUCAUGUAAACUGUAGUGCUGCAUGUUGUCUGCAGGCUGCAAACACAGAUAACCUUGUUUGAUAAUUAUGCAAAAUUUUUCUACAAUCGACACCUCAUCUGUUUGUUGUUUACCAAUGUGUUGGUGUGUUUAUGUUGCAAUUAAUUUACAAGCACUGAUAAUGUUUGUGCAGAAGUCAACCAUGUUUGAGCUUGUCUGUUGAGCAGUGAAAGGAAUUUGUAAACUGCGUCUCUUUUUGCAAUUUUGGCACUUUGUAGUUUAUAUAAACUGUAUAUAAAUGGGUUGUACGAAGACACUCUGUUGAUGGUCAAAGCUGUUUGUUUGCUUUGCCUUGUUAUUUUGACAAGUUACUUGAAACUUCUUUUAGUGUCAUUUAAUAAAUGAUCUAGAUGACUCCAGUUUGUUGUUUACAAAUGUCACUAUUUUUAUUAAGUGGAACAAAAUGUUGCCACCAUAAUAUCUACUGCAACUUUCUUGAAGAGGAAUGAUGUGCUCAUGUUCAGGAUUUUCAAUAUUAAAGUCCCCGUGUUUACCUGUA